AGGCAACCCUAAAUAUAUGGCGUUGUCAAUUUUUUUCUUUUUCAUGUGGGUAUCUUUCUAACUUUUCGAUUUUUGCUGUUUAAGCGCUCUUCAUGUAAUAUAUUUUUGGUGUAUUUUCACUUGAAACUGCGUGUCAGAUACCCAGGCAAACCAUGAUCUUGAUGGUAUGCCCAUAGAGUGAGUGUAUGUUGCAACAAUGAAUCCUGAAUUUGAAGAACGUAUUCUAAAGCACUAUAGCCCCACGUUGAGAAGACUAGAGGACAAUUCUGGUUCACCUCUUGAUAGAUUCAUUCCGUGUCGAAUCAACAAUAACUGGCAAACAAACUUUGGCACAGUGACAAAGUCCGGGGACAGCGUAACCCCUAGCAGUGGAAAAAAGCACAGAGAUUAUGGGGAUUCUAUGCGGGACAGCGUGGCAUAUUCAUGCCUACUCAGGAAUGAGCUCCUGGGUGGGAUGAUUGAAGAUGUGAAGAGUGUCGAUGAGUCUACACCUUCAAAGCAUCAAGUAAUGAGUGCAAAGAGGACACUGUUUAAGUACCAAGCAGAAGAAGAUCCAAGUGAACCAUGCUCAUACUCUCUUUCGCCCAUUAGUGGCAAAAGUCAAAAGCUUCUGCGAUCCCCCAAAAAGGCAAUGCGAAAGAUUUCCCGCAUUCCCUUUAAGGUACUCGAUGCGCCAGAAUUGCAAGAUGACUUCUACCUGAAUCUUGUAGAUUGGUCAAACUUGAACGUUUUGGCAGUGGGUUUAGGCAGUUGCGUAUACCUAUGGAGUGCGUGUACGAGUCAAGUUACUCGCUUGUGUGAUCUACAUGGGGAUAGUAACUCCGUGACAUCUGUGGCGUGGAAUGAGCGCGGCACAUAUGUAGCUGUUGGCACUCACCACGGCUACGUGACUGUGUGGGAUGUUGCUGCAAAUAAGCAGGUCAACAAGCUCAUGGGGCACUCAGCGCGUGUAGGGGCGCUUGCGUGGAAUGGGGACAUUCUAUCGAGUGGCUCACGCGACAGGCUAAUUAUGCAGCGUGACACGCGCACGGGAUCAACUAUGCCAGAACGACGGCUCACAGGGCACAGGCAAGAGGUUUGUGGGCUUAAGUGGUCACCAGAUAAUCAGUAUCUGGCCAGCGGUGGAAACGACAAUCGGCUGUAUGUGUGGAAUCAGCACGCCCUUACGCCAGUUCAAUCCUAUUCGGAGCACAUGGCUGCUGUGAAGGCCAUCGCGUGGUCACCCCAUCAUCAUGGAUUACUAGCCAGUGGCGGUGGAACAGCAGACAGAUGCAUUCGCUUUUGGAAUACCCUCACAGGUCAACCGAUGCAGUGUGUUGACACUGGAUCACAAGUGUGCAACUUGGCGUGGUCCAAACAUUCUUCGGAGCUCGUUUCUACGCACGGCUAUUCACAAAAUCAAAUUUUAGUGUGGAAGUAUCCAUCACUUACACAGGUGGCUAAGCUCACAGGACACUCUUACCGUGUCUUGUACCUGGCUCUUAGUCCCGAUGGUGAGGCUAUUGUUACAGGUGCUGGUGAUGAAACAUUGCGUUUCUGGAAUGUCUUCAGUAAGAUCCGGAGUCAGAAGGAGAACAAGAGCCUUCUUAAUCUCUUCUCAUCCAUAAGAUAGAUAGAAAUAUUAUGUAGGUAAAAAAAAAGAACGAGAACUCCACAUUAACGAAACGAUAAUCAUAAGGUAUCUCAUAUGAAUCCUAUUUUCGUCAAUAUAAUUAUUUAUCAUCUGUAUGCAAAUUUUCUUCGGGUAAAGAAAAUCAUUUCACAAAUUGUUCUCGGGAAAUCAUCAAUACCUAAAUUGCGAAAUGUGAAUAAGAUUUCUUUCUUCAAAAUUGUAUACUGUUAUUAAAAUAUCAGUCUCUGGUAAAUACGCUGAGAUUUUUUUCGUAUUUUCAACCUGUAGUAAAUGACCCACAAUAAACAGUAAAAUUUGUCGAUAAAA